CAGCGGGGCCGGUGCCAGUGCCAGUGCCAGUGCCGGGGCCGGUGGCGCCGCCAUGGAGGAGGCGGGUUGCGGGGCGCAGUUCCGCGCUGCCGUUCAGGUUAUCCAAGGGCUGCCCCGAAGCGGUUCGUACCGUCCAUCCUAUGAGGAAAUGCUGCGUUUCUAUAGCUACUACAAGCAGGCGACGGCGGGGCACUGCCAAGGCCCAAGGCCCGGCUUUUGGGACCCCAUCGGCCGGUACAAGUGGGAUGCCUGGCACAGCCUGGGGAGGAUGUCCAAGGAGGAGGCAAUGGCGGCUUAUGUGGCUGAGAUGAAGAAGGUGGCCCAAAAGAUCAUUGACACGGUACCCAUGGAUGAGAUGACAGAGGAGAUGUUCAGGUACUUCGAGCCGCUCUAUGAGGUGAUCCAUGACAUGCCCCGGCCCCCAGAGACCUUCUUUAAGAAGAAAGGGGGCAGCCAGGAGCGGGCAGCAGACCCCAGCCAGGACAACCCAGAGAGCAGCCCAGCUGCAGAGUGCCCCGAAGACACCCUGCCCAGGGAGCAGCAGAAUGGGCAGCACGUGCCAGGAGGUGGGCUGGCUUCUGCCACCGAGGCACUUGAGGGUAGCCAGGUGACCAGUGACUCCGAGGGGGAUGUGUACUGCGAUACCCUGGAGCAGAUGGAGCCUGAGCAGGCUGGGCAGCCGCUGGGUCUCUCCCCAAAUGGUGGCCAGGCCAGGCCUGAGCCCCCAGGGCCUCGCAGCGCUGGGCAGGGAGAGCGGCAGGGAAGCAGAAGACUAGAGGGGAGGAGCAGCGCUGGCCUCGCAGCCCCUGGCUCUGAGAGAGGUCUCUGGCUCACUGGUAGUGGCCCUGAGCUCACCCAGGGGCUGCUGGCGGAGCUGGACGCCCGCGUGGCCAGCACUGUCCAGGCCCUGCAGGACGACAUGCGGCAAGUGCUGGAGCGCCUGAGCCAGCUGGAGACACUCACCUCCGCGCAGGGGGACGCAGCUGGGACUGACACUGGCCAGCCGCUUGCUCCACAGGCAAUGUCCUCGUGGCCCCUGACGGUCUCCCCACGCACCCUGCUCUUCCUCAUCACCUGGCCCUUCGUCACCCAGUGGCUGCUGCGCCACUGGCAGGGCAGGAAGAGGUGACCACUUCGUUGUUGCCGCCGCCGCUGGCCCUGGGACAGGGCGCAGGACAGCCCUGCCAGGUUGCCACCACUGCUCCUUCCCCAUUCUGCUUAGCACGAGCUGGGGAAGCACCACAGGAUCAACGAGGGAAUCGCCUCGCGCAACCACAGGAUCUCCUGUGGGCCAGGACCCCAGCCCCGAGGAGGGGGGGGAGCCACCGUGUGCCGCCAAUUGCCACUGUCACUCUCAGGGUCUCGCCAGCCCCACCAGCACGGCGAAGGGACCAGCCACCUGCGGGGAGCGGGGCGUGGGAUUGCCCCGAUGGGAUCCCUGGGGAUCCCCUUGCUACCACACACCGAGGGACUGGCUGCCUGCCGCCACCGUGGGCCCAGUGCUGGGUGGGGGGCAGGGGACGGCAACCGCGGCCCCCCCAGGGACCGGUUCCAUGCAGUGCUUGAACAUCUGAACCUGCCAGAAUUAAAGUUGCCUUUUCAGUUCA